AUGCGAUACUCAUUUCGUCGUCGUCUCCUCCUUCCUCAAGCCUUCAUUCAACAGUUGCAAUUAACUGCCAUCUUAUAUGUCAGUGUGGCAUUUGGCUUAGCAGCCUCUGUAUCCGAAUCAGUACAGCAAAGUCUUGCUCAAGCCGCACUAGCAGAGAUCUUACAACGAGGGGCGCCGAUCCUAGGCUUUGACGCAGGCUGCGACCCAGCCUUGAAUGCAACAUGCAAUUGGAUGGCGAAUAUUCCGGAUGAAACUAAUUUGAUUCAUAUGAGUAUACCCGGGACGCAUGAUUCUUCUACUUGGAAUUACACCCAGGCUACGCAAAAUUCUCUUCUUGGAUACACUGGAUCCAUCACCCCCGCUAAAUACUUCCAAUGCCAAGAACAUUCUUAUUUCCAAAUGCUCAACGGCGGUAUCCGCGUAUUCGACCUUCGCGUCGCGCUCAAUCCGGGGAAUGGAACGAUUGGAUUUUAUCACUCUCAGGCUCUCCUUGCACCGAAUACCCGCCUCGAGGACGUGCUGUUUGGGUUCUACUACUGGCUUGAUGCUCACCCAACGGAAGCGGUACUUCUUUCCAUCAACUAUGAAGGCGGAACGGGAACACAGGAUACAGUGGCCUUCCAGGAACAGUUAUAUAAUAUCCUCAGUGGAGAUUUGGCCACUCAGUAUUGGGUACAGGUCAAUGGCACGGCGAAGCUCGAGGGAAACUCACCCUUCUGCAACGGUUCGACUACAGUCUCCUUCCUGCUACAUCUGAAUAACAGCAAACGCAUCGGAAUCCACCUCGACCCCGAGGAUUGGCACGACAACGAUCCGAAUAUCACGUUGGUGUAUAAUACAGUGAACGGGACAGAACAGGUUGCUUAUAUUGAGGACUACUACGAGAUGGACGGCCUCCCAACAAGCGCCAGUGCCGCAGAGAACAUUCAAUGGAAGUACAACGCGACUAUUGCUCAUCUACAAGAUGCUAUCAAUCCUGAUCUGCACCCGGACCAAUUAUAUAUCACCUUUGCGAGCUCUGAGCAUGAUACGGAUGGGGAGACGCCUAGGAUCAUGGCACUUGGAAAUGGGACAGAGGUCCCAGGUGUGAACCAAAAGAUUCUUCCAUGGUUGCAGGAGAACAAAGGGAAGAGGUUCGGAAUCGUCAUGCUCGACUUCUUCGACUCCGUACCUGGUGUGGUCGAAGCUAUUAUCAAUGCUUGA